AUGACAAGCAAUUUAGCAGAGUCUUGGAAUGCAGUCUUGACCGAGGCGAGGGAGUUUCCUGUAAUCCGUUUGGUUGAUUACAUAAGAGCAAAGCUGAGUGAGUGGUUUGCAACCAGGAGAGCUUCUGCAAAUUCAAAUACAAACGUGUUGUCUCCCCGUGUGCUGAAGAUUGUUACAAGAAACUUUGAGAUGACCGGGGGAUACGGUGUCAAUAUGAUUGGUGAGGGCGAGUUCGAGGUGAAGGACAAGAAUGGGAAUAACUACCAUGUGAGACUUGCUAACAGAACAUGUAGCUGUUUUGCGUUUCAGAUGCUCUGUAUCCCGUGUCCACACGCAAUAGCUGCGGCUCUGCAUUCUGGUGUGUUGGUUGAUACUCUAGCGCUAGAAGCUUACAACGUAAGUAUGCUCAGGGGUGCCUAUAAGGAAAUGGUGAUACCUGUUGGUGACUACAAGGGAUACCCAGCUAAUGAUGCUAUCUUCAGUGGCCGAAGACUAAGUCCCCCAGCUACGAGGCGCCCGCCAGGAAGGCCAAAGAAACAACGGUUCUUCUCGAGUGGGGAAAAACUGAUGAAAAGAAUCCGUAGAAGGAUUGUAUGCAGCAGGUGCAAGGGUCUGAACCAUAACAAGGCCACCUGCAAAAGACCAAUAUAA